AUGGGCUUCUUCGCACUCGAGGAAUGGGCAGCCGCCAAUCGCGACUACGACAACACCCCAGCGCCCUACUGGCAUGCGAAGUCUGUACCCGAUGGCUUCACGGCCAUCUCAGGAAUCCUCUGGUCAAUCUCGUAUAUCCUGAUGGCCAAAAAGGCCUUCAAGGAUCGAUCCUACGCGAUGCCUCUUCAUUGUCUCUGCUUGAACAUCACCUGGGAAGCGGUUUACGGGUUUAUCUACGGCCCAGGACUGCUAAAUCAGGUUGUCUUCGCACAAUGGAUGAUUGUCGACGUCAUCCUAUUCUACGCAAUUGUUCGAUCGGCUCCAUCCGCCUGGAAGCAGUCACCGCUGGUGGCGCAGCAUCUCGCCGGUAUAAUCGUGGUUGGAUGUGUGGUCUGUCUAUGGCUGCACCUGGCGAUCGCUGCCACGUUCAUCCCGAGCAUCGGUCGAAGGGUCGUUUUCAUGACUGCGUGGCCCAUGCAGGUCCUUAUAAAUCUCAGCUCGAUAGCACAGCUCCUGUCGCGUGGAAAUACUCUCGGUCACUCUUGGGGAAUUUGGUCAGUUGAUGGAUCCCCCGUGUAG